UUUUGUUGAACGUCAUUUAAAACACAACGUAGGAUUGGUUUACUGUCAUCGCCGGAUAUCUACCCAUACGACAUCUGUCGUUUGGAUUUCGAAUAUCAAACGGUCUCGAUUGAAAGUGAGGUUAACUUCCUUUUUUCCGGUGUGAAAAGCCGUGAGUAUACAUCUUCAAGAUGGUGAAGAUUAUGAAAGUAUGGAAAGUCGUGUUGGUCCUUGGUGGCCGAUACGCUGGAAGAAAAGGUAUCAUCAUGCGUAAUUUCGACGAUGGUACUACAGAAAAGCAGUACGGACACGCAGUGGUUGUAGGGAUUGACAGAUAUCCACGCAAAGUGCACAAAAGAAUGGGCAAAGCGAAACUUCACAAACGUUCUAAGAUCAAACCAUUUGUAAAAGUAUUAAAUUAUAACCAUUUGAUGCCAACAAGGUACACAGUUGAACUGCCCUGGGCAAAGAAGCCUUUAGUCCCUAAGGAUCUUAAGGACCCAAUGAAACGGAAGAAGACUCGAUUUCAGAUACGUGUUUUAUUGGAAGAAAAGUACAAAUCUGGUAAAAACAAAUGGUUCUUCCAAAAACUACGAUUUUAAUUAAUUUUAAAUAAAUGUAAAAUACACAAAUA